CGAGUCAAAGAGAGAGAGAGAGAGAGAGGGGUGGGGGCACAGACAGAGAGAUUUAUUUCCACAGCUGACAUUUAAGCUCCCGUCCCACACUCGUUUUUGGAGGUGAGAGGGAGUAAGAGAGGAAAGAAGUGAAAGACUCAGAGAAAGUGGACAAAUAAAACCGACAAUAUGGACACCUUGGCUCUAGAGGCCACGCAGCCCAAAAAGGCUCAGAAUGGAGCCGUGUCACUCCUGCCCGGACCCCCCACCCCUGCCAAACGCAAACCUGCUAAAAAGACUAAGAAAGCUGUGGUCUUUUUCGAGGUGGAGAUUCUGGACGCCAAGACGAAGGACAAGCUCUGCUUCCUGGACAAGGUUGAGCCCAAUGCCACCAUCGGGGAAAUCAAGUCCAUGUUCCACAAGAGUCACCCUCAGUGGUAUCCGGCCCGGCAAUCCAUUCGUUUGGAUCCCAAGGGGAAAUCACUGAAGGACGAGGACGUGCUGCAGCAUCUGCCUGUGGGAACCACAGCCACCUUCUACUUCAGAGACCUGGGGGCCCAGAUCAGCUGGGUCACGGUGUUUCUGACCGAGUACGCCGGCCCGCUGCUCAUCUAUCUCAUGUUUUACUUCCGAGUGCCGUUUAUUUAUGCACCUAAAUACGACUUCACCACCAGCAAACACUGGGUCGUACAUUUGGCGUGCAUGUGUCACUCCUUCCACUACGUGAAGAGACUCCUGGAAACACUGUUUGUCCAUCGCUUCUCACACGGGACUAUGCCUCUCCGCAACAUCUUCAAGAACUGCACGUAUUACUGGGGAUUUGCAGCUUGGAUGGCGUAUUACAUCAACCACCCACUCUACACACCACCCACCUACGGAGAGCAGCAGAUCCGACUGGCCCUGACCGUCUUCCUGUUCUGUCAGAUCGGAAACUUCUCCAUCCACAUUGCUCUGAGAAAUCUCCGACCGCCCGGAUCUAAGACCAGGAAGAUCCCAUACCCGACGAAAAACCCCUUUACUUGGAUCUUCCUGCUGGUCUCCUGCCCCAACUACACGUAUGAGCUGGGCUCGUGGCUGGGCUUCACUCUGAUGACCCAGUGUUUGCCCGUGGCCUUCUUCACGCUGGUGGGCUUCAUUCAGAUGACCGUGUGGGCGAAAGGAAAGCAUCGCAGCUAUCUGAAGGAGUUUCGUGACUACCCCACGCUCCGCUCGCCCAUCCUGCCCUUCAUCCUGUAGGACAGAGUCACGCAGUGUUCCCCUCGUCUUUUAACCUUUUCCUCUUCCCUCGUCCUCCCCUUCUCAUCUCUUUUAUACUGUGUCAUGUCCCGCCUGCAUUGGUUUCACAAGCGUGUUUCCUGCGUUUGAUCAUCUCCUGGAGGAUCUCCUGACUCUGAAGAUUAAAGUCAGCUCCGAUCCAGAACCUGCUGAAGCUUGGCUCUCGUGGCUCCACAUCGCCCUCUGUGGGCUGGAUGAUGUCAUCAUCUGGGGACACCUCGAGAGCACGUCCGGAUCACAAUCCAGUCACCCAAAAGAUAUAAGAACAUAGCAACAAUGAAAACCGAGCACAUUUUAGGACCAUGAUCAUGAUCAAACACCCUUUCAUGUCUCUGGACAAUGCAAUUUCCCCCCGUAACAUUAAUGAAGGGAGAUUGAAAUGUCAAUACCAAUCCUUUAACAAUCUUUAAUAGUCAUCUACUUACAGCAAAAUCAUUUCCCCCAGACAUGGACGUUUCUUCAUUAGAUCCUUGUCAUGUUACAUCUCAAAGAGGUAGUUCACCUAAAAUUUAAAGUCAAUUCUUCAUCAUUUAUUCACCCUCAAGUUGUUACAAACAAAAGAAGAUAUUUUGAAGAAUUCAGUUGUCGGUAGCCAUUGACUUCCAUAGAAUGUUUUCCCAUAAAAGUCGAUGGCUACCAGCAAGUAUGUCAGUUUGAUUACCUUAAUUCUCCUCAAUAUCUUUUGUGUUCAACAGAAGAAACUCAAGGAUUUUGAGUAAUUUUUGGAUGACCUACCCCUUUAAAAAGCUCUGAAGGGAACUGGUUUAACAUGUAUUUACAGUAUUUCCUCCUCUGUAUCUGGUUUGUGCUCCGCUGCUGGGAAUCCUCCUGUAUUUCGAGUGCACUACAUGUACUGAGAUCGCUGAUAUGCUCUGAUAAAGUGACGGCUGUGACUUUAGUGAAGAUGUCUAGUUCUGCUUGUCACUCAAUAACUAAAACACUAACAACAGGACCUGAAGUAACCGCUGGAAGACCAGCGCCGCAGAGACACAUCUGGAGCUGAAGGUAACCUGGCACAGACUGCAGAACUGUUUUGUUGACCUAACAGUUUAUAUAAAAUAAAAAACACUGUCAUUGGCUUGUGCUCUGUCCGUUUACAGUCAUAAUGCAUGUUGUGGAGUUCAAGAAAAGUGCUUAGCUUUUGAUUGCAUUCUGCUAAAUUGGCUGUGCAUCAUAACACUGUUCAGUUCUUGGAUAAAAGUCUUUGCUCUUA